GCCGGGUGGCGGACGUGCUUUCGAUUUUUAGUUACUGGUUCUUAUUUUUACAGGCACAGUUAACAUCUCUGACGUGGUGGCUCUUUGUGUUUUAAUAACAAAUGACAGUGCUUGUGUUUAUUGUUUAUAGCGGAAAACGAUUUGAUGUAGCUGUGUGGCAACAACAAACACUGCGUGUGGCAAGCUGUAAACAAUGGCCAUGAGUUCGAGAUAGACGCUACUGUUACUUUGUGGUCACUUCACUGGUGCUGCCCUGUGAACCUCAGUUGCAAAUAAGGUGGAAGGGAAGAUGGAGAAAUGUGAAUGCUGUAAUAUAUUAGUGCCUGCAAAGGAGUUUACAAAGCAUCUGCAAGACAAACGCCAUCGGCUAAGGGAGAAGAGAUUUAAUGAAAUGAUACAGAAUAGUGUUUUCAUAAGCUGUCUCCCUGGAGGUGUAGACCAAGGAAUGUUGAUUGAGGCACUGAGUAGGUUUGGAAAGGUGCGAACUUGUUCUAUUUUCCAGAGAUCAAAUAAUGCAGUUGCCGAGUUUGAGCAAAGAGAGGCAGCGAGAAAGUGUCUUCAAGAACCAGUGUAUAUUGGUCAAACACUUCUUAAAAUGGCCCCUCGCAGGAAACCAAAGCCGAAAGCCGAUCCAGCUCCAGUCCCGGAUUCUGAUGUAGAUCCCACAGAACUUAUAUCUAUUCUUGAAGGGGCUCAUUCUAAUGGCGUAAGAGAUGUUGAUGCCUUAAUUGACUUGGCAGUCCAGACUGUGAGGUUACAGGAUCCCGAGCGAAACCGCAAGCUGCUUAUGCUGCAGAGAGAUCUUGAAGAAUGCAUCUCGGAAUUGGUUCCAGGCUGCCAAGCACACCAGUUUGGAUCUGCUGUCACAGGUGUUCCACUUAGAGGAUCUGAUACGGAUAUUGUGAUGAUUCUGCCAGAGAUUGCUGCCAGAAAUUUUGAUGGUCCCCAGAUAGUGAGACGUGUACGUAAACUUCUAUGGACCCGUCACCGAAAAUUUGGGUCCAUUGUUGCAAUUCCUGAAGCUCGCAUACCUAUAGUAAAAAUCAUCCAUAUACCAACUGGCAUUGCUUGUGAUAUUAGCUUCCAAGGACAAGGAUGUGCACUUAAGAGCAAGCAGUUGUCUCAUGUAUUAGACAUGGAUUUUAGAAUACGACCACUUAUUAUUUUCCUGAAGUAUUGGGCAAAAUGUCACAAUAUAAUAAGUUUAUCCAGGUUCUCGAGCUAUGCAGCUACACUGAUGGUGGUGUUUUUCUUGCAACAACUGCCAGAACCAAUACUUCCACCAAUUCAGAAGAUUCUUCAUCCAGAUCCUGGGAAUCCAUGUAUGACUACAAGGAAUACAGAUUCUUUGAGCAAACUUGUUGAAGAGUAUUUCAGAUAUUAUAGUGAAACUGAUUUAACAUAUCAAGUGAUAUGCCCAUGGGUUGGCCAUCUGGUACCAUGUGAAGCAUUUUCUGAAACAUUGAAGGUCACAAUUCCAGAUGAGGUCAAGCAUAUCAGAAAUUUAUUAUCCAUGCACAACAAUUCUCUUGAGAUUAAUACUCCUCUGGUAGUGCAAGACCCAUAUGAAAUGAACCGAAAUGUUACAGAGAGGGUGAAAGAUAAAGAUUUUACUUUCUUCAGACUCUGUUGUGGAGAAGCAGUUAAAAUCUUAAGGGAAGGAGCACCAGCAUUGCUUUUUAAGGAUUUGUGUGUCCCAAGGGAAGUGGAUGACAGUACAACUUUAAGUGCAGACCUUUUCCUAAAGCCGGAGUACCUUGGUGCAGUGGACAUUGCUGCUGAGUCAGCCAGACAAAUGCUAUUUGCACGUUGGACACAUGCUGUUGUUGCACUUGUUCCUGAAUUUUUAACUAGAUUUGUAAGGUUGAAGGUAGAACCAGUUGAUGAUACAAGGGGUCCAGUAUCUGUGGAGGAUUGUAUGAUUACUAAGUGUCUGCCACGUAGUUGGAAAUGUUCCGGCAAACCCGUACUGCACACGUGGAAUAUGCGCAAGAAGGCUGCCACAAAGCAUAAAUUAGAUCCCAAACUCCCUAUGAUGGAGCGAGAAACACUGAUUUCACAGCAUCUAGAACAAGAGCCAUCAGAAGUUGAAAAUGCAUCAUUCAUUGUCCGUAUUAUUGCUGGAAGCAAAAAGGAGUCUGUUCGCUGUUGCCUCAUAGCACACACAGCAGAUGCAGCUCUCUAUCAUAUAAUUGCCAGAAAGCUCCUUUCACUUAUUCCCCUGUGGUUAAAUACUGCCUUUGUAUCCAGAACUGCAUUGAAUUACAUUCCUGACUUCUCCUUGUCAACUAAUACAGAUGCAGGAAGUGCCUUGCCUGCUAAUGCAAAUGUAUGUGGUAAUACAGAAGAAUCAUCUGCUGCAGAGAUAGUUCUGGAAAAAGCCACCUUCAUAUGGGACAUAGGCUGCAGUGUGGAACAUACUGACAUUGGUUGGCAACAUGGAGCACCAGCAUUGCUUUUUAAGGAUUUGUGUGUCCCAAGGGAAGUGGAUGACAGUACAACUUUAAGUGCAGACCUUUUCCUAAAGCCGGAGUACCUUGGUGCAGUGGACAUUGCUGCUGAGUCAGCCAGACAAAUGCUAUUUGCACGUUGGACACAUGCUGUUGUUGCACUUGUUCCUGAAUUUUUAACUAGAUUUGUAAGGUUGAAGGUAGAACCAGUUGAUGAUACAAGGGGUCCAGUAUCUGUGGAGGAUUGUAUGAUUACUAAGUGUCUGCCACGUAGUUGGAAAUGUUCCGGCAAACCCGUACUGCACACGUGGAAUAUGCGCAAGAAGGCUGCCACAAAGCAUAAAUUAGAUCCCAAACUCCCUAUGAUGGAGUGGGAAACACUGAUUUCACAGCAUCUAGAACAAGAGCCAUCAGAAGUUGAAAAUGCAUCAUUCAUUGUCCGUAUUAUUGCUGGAAGCAAAAAGGAGUCUGUUCGCUGUUGCCUCAUAGCACACACAGAAGAUGCAGCUCUCUAUCAUAUAAUUGCCAGAAAGCUCCUUUCACUUAUUCCCCUGUGGUUAAAUACUGCCUUUGUAUCCAGAACUGCAUUGAAUUACAUUCCUGACUUCUCCUUGUCAACUAAUACAGAUGCAGGAAGUGCCUUGCCUGCUAAUGCAAAUGUAUGUGGUAAUACAGAAGAAUCAUCUGCUGCAGAGAUAGUUCUGGAAAAAGGUAACACAGACAAACAAGAUGAUGAUCUGUCCAGUUGAAGCAUUCCAUUCCAAGUGCUUCAUAGCUUUAACAGUGCGAUGAAAAUUGAAAGUUGGCAGUACUCUCCUCAUGGUUACCUCUCUUCCACAGUGAAAACUAAUUCUUUCUAAUCUUCAGCAUUGUGAACAAUUAAGUGGUGUUUUCCAUGCACAGGUGAGAUGAGUAACAUUGUGUCAUGAAUUUUACUCAGGACAUUAACGACACUGCAACCAUCGUAAGGAAUAAAUAAAAAAUUAAACUAGUCUGCAUCAAAACUGUUUCCUUUGGAAAUGCUGAAAUCCCUUUUGAAACACAGUCUACAUGUUUGUAAAUAAAUAUUUGACUGGAAGCUAUUUUUCACAAGUAUACACAAGCUAUUUGUGUAAUAUUGAAAGAUAAUUAAAUUUCAUUGUGUGUA